AUGGAGCAGCUGCGAACAAUAACACGGAUACUAUGGGGCCCUCCCAGACCUUCCAUACUGUCCACCCUCCCAAUCGAGAUCUUGUUCAUAAUCGCCGAGUUCCUGUCUCUCGAAGAUGUCGCGCGCCUCAGGCAAACAUCCCACUUCCUAUCCACCACUCUAGAGCCAUACCUCUACGCCCACGCAGCAACACACAAACUACCAGGCAAGUCACGAAUGAUUCUCGACUGGGCUGCCGAGCAGGGCCAUAUACACAUCCUCGAGAAAAUCGACAAAUACGGGAACCAAAACGACAACCCCAACGCUAGCACAACAAUCCCCCCCAAAUGCAAAACCCGGGCACUCUCCCACGCCGCAAAGCGCGGGCAAACAGACGCAGUAAUGUUCCUCCUCGAGAUGGGCGCAGAGCUAGACGGCACCGUCGCAGUCGAGGACAGCUACCAAUGUACUGCUCUCCAUCGGGCCGCGAAGCACGGAUACAUUGAGACGGCGACGCUCCUGCUCGACCGCGGAGCAGAUAUUCAUAUUCGAUGCAACGCGAGCAACUCAGCAGCACUGGAACACGCCGCGCGGCUUGGAGAGCGAGAGAUGGUCCUGCUGCUAUUGGAUCGGGGCGCCGAUAUCAACGCGCCCGCGCUCGUUGCGAAUGCCGUGUUCUCAGAGAAUAUAGAACUCGUUCGGGCUCUGCUGGACAAAGGCGCCGCGAUUGAUAAUUCGUGGCAUUAUCGGCGGUCUGCUAUCCAUUGGACUAUGCCAUAUGGGAGGGCCAAUAUGCCGAUGUUGAAGUUACUACUUGGGCGCGGGAUCGACCCCAAUGUGAGAGACCAUGAGCGUGGUGAGACAGUUCUGCAUUGGGCUGCGUAUGAGGGGAAUGUUGAAGCUGUUGGGCUUUUGCUGGUGAAUGGUGCUGAUGCUGAUGUGGCUAAUCAUCAGGGUAAAAGGCCAUUACAUGCUGCCAUAGAAGGCCCCAGUAGCCAGAGCGAUGGGGAGACAAUUAUUCGGUUGCUUUUGGAAUCUGGAGCGGAUCCUCUAUCUGAGGGCUCUCCUGCUGGGACUCCUGUUGAUUUAGCGAGGCGUUUGAGGACACAGGGCAAUAUUAUAGGUCUGCUGGAGGCAGCGGCUGAAACCACUAGGUAUCAGAGCAGCGGUGGCAGAUAA